AUGAAUUCUUGUUACUCAAUACUGGCCGGGUGCAAAUUCAGCUCAUGGAAGAAGGACUUCCACUUUUUGUCAACACCGUUUUUGGGUGGAUUGCAGCGGGCAAGGCGCUCGGUGGUCAAUAAUACCACUCUGGAGGAAAAGAUUGAGCGAUUUUGGACAAUCGAAGAACUGCAAGAUGUGCCGAAGCUGACGCAAGAAGAACUUGACUGUGAAGAGCACUUUCGAACCACUUUCUCUCGUGAUGCAACGGGACGAUACGUGGUGCGUCUGCCGAAGCAGAUGGGGUUCGAGCAGAUGAUCGGUGAAUCGAAAGAAACAGCGUUGCGGAGAUUUAUGCAGCUCGAACGGCGGUUCAACAAAGACCCUGAGUUGCGUAGGCGGUACAACGAAGAGAUACGCGCCUAUCUAGAUCAGAACCACAUGAAGCUUGUUCCAGAACAAGAGCUGAAACGCAAUAAACGGAUCACUUUCUACCUCCCUCAUCAUCCUGUCUUCAAGGAAUUGACCUCCACCACGAAGAUUCGGCCCGUAUUUGAUGGUUCAUCCAAGACGUCAUCCAACUACUCGCUAAACGAUGGGCUAAUGACAGGUCUAGUGGACCGAUAUGCGUUUACCGAUCAUCCGGCAUUGACACAGUUUCACGUAUUUUCGGAUGCGUCCGAAGCUGCCUACGGCGCGUGCAUCUACGCUCGUUGUAUCAGUCGGUUUGGGCGGAUCACAGUAGAGUUGUUGGCAGCGAAAUCUCGCCCAGCAAGCCUGAAGAAAAUCACACUCGCAAGGUUGGAGCUAUGCGGUGCCCUCGUUGCGGCUAGACUUUACCGUAUGACUGUUCACGCCCUGAAAAUGGAGGAAAUUGAGGCUUGGUUCUGGUCUGAUUCGACCAUCGUUCUUUCGUGGCUGAAGCUGCCACCUUGCGUGUGGCCUACAUUCGUCGCAAACCGGGUCUCACACAUCCAAGAGCUUACGAAGGGACACCGGUGGAACCACGUGAAGGGGACGGGGAAUCCUGCUGAUCUUGUGUCGCGAGGUGUUAUGCCAAAGGAUCUAGCAGAUUUGUCGCAUUGGUUCCAUGCCAUCGGAGGAAUCAUUGCAGAUGAAGCAAAGCGUCCUCGUGGUAGCAGACUUCUCCCAACCUCAUCCUUUUCUGGGUCACUAUUCGUGUUAUUGGAAGCUAUUGCGGAUUACAGCCUAUUCGUCAACGAUCUUAAAGAAGCCAAGUACGCACUGGUACGGUGUGUUCAGCUGGAGUCAUUCUCUGUGGAAAUCAAGGCACUCGAAAACCAUCGUAUUAUUCCAGCUCACUCGUCGUUGAAACUACUCAACCCUUUCCUGGAUCAGCAGGGUAUACUUCGUGUAUGUGGCCGGCUCAAACUUGCUGGUGAAUCGUACUCUGUUCGGCAUCCCAUGAUUAUCCCCGGCAAUUAUUCUUUCUCGCGACAGAUGGCAGUCGCUUAUCACGUAUUGGCACUUCAUUCUGGUUUCCGUAUGACAUUCACUCAAAUUCGGCAAGAAUUCUGGCCUUUAAAUGGUAGGGCACUGACGACUUUUACUUUCCGGAACUGCAUUCGCUGUUUCCGAAGCAACCCUGUUCCUAUAUCCCAACCUCCUGGUCAAUUUCCUAGGCCACGUACCUCUCCCACUCGAGCAUUCGCUGUUACCGGUGUAGACUACUGUGGUCCAGUCUACUUGAAGCCCGUGCACCGUCGCGCUGCUGCUCAAAAGGCUUACAUCGCCGUUUUUGUGUGCUUCAGCACGAAAGCGGUCCAUCUCGAGCUGAUAGGCGAUCUCACAACGGCCGCCUUUCUGGCUGCCCUGCGUCGCUUCGUGUCCCAUAGAGAUGCCAGUAACCAUCUUCGAGAGCUGUACGACUUACUGCAUGAUCCGAAGGUGGCAGCUAAAAUCACUAGCGAAACCUCCCAGCGAGGCAUUAUUUGGAAAUUUAUCCCGCCACGAGCACCCAAUUUCGGCGGGCUUUGGGAGGCAGCAGUGAAGUCUGCGAAGCUGUCGCUCAUCCGAGUUCUGGGCAAACGACAACUUUCCUUCGAGGACAUGGCGACGAUCCUCACUCAGGUCGAGGCGAUAAUGAAUGCUCGACCACUCACUCCGCUGUCGGAAGAUCCCGACGAAUUGGACGCACCUGAUCCGGAUUACACUGAUGUUGCAACGAACCGACUACAACACUACCAGCAAUUGCAGCAACUAGUACAGCAGCAUUGGAAGCGGUGGAGGCGAGAAUAUAUCUCGCAACUUCACAACCAGAAUCAGCGAUUUCCUCAAGUACAAAGCUAA